UAUGAGUUCCAAAGAGUUGAAUGGUAUUGCCCACCUCCUGUCUCUCUCCUCGAGAUUGCUCCUGGCCUUGCAAAUCUCUCAGUUACAGAUUGUGGAGGUGAUGAUAUAGAGCUCAAACAGGAAAUGGAGAAGCAGUUUGUGGACCCUGUCACCGAGGAGCUGAAGCUGCAAGAAGCAGUUGCAGAUGAGCAUAGCCGUCAUAUGAAUGUUACCCUUGGAGAAGCUAAAAGAGUUGCGUCUCAGUAUCAAAAGGAAGCUGAGAAAUGCAAUGCGGCUACUGAGAUUUGUGAAUCAGCUAGGGAGAGAGCUGAAGCUUUGUUGAUCAAGGAGAGGAAGAUCACUUCUUUGUGGGAGAAGAGAGCUCGCCAAUCAGGUUGGGAAGGUGAAUAAAAAACUGACUGCACUUCCCACGUUUCUCCAUAUAUGUAGUUUAUUGAUUUGCCUUUGGAUCGGAAUGUUAGCUAAAGAAAGGCCUGGCCAUUGUAUUGAUUCUUCUUCAUUAUAUAUACAAAUUGUCCAUUUCACUA